AUGCUUCUGCCAUCCUCGUUUCUAGAGCUGAUCGAUAAAGGGAAUCAUUGGGAAAUGAUUUCUGGCCAGCCUACUUUGGCAAGGGCUGAGGCAAGCUUUGAGCUUUUCUGGAAGCAGUAUGAAGUGCUCUUCCCAAACUUCAGCUUUUUCGAAACUGCUCGCCGCAACAGCAUUCCCUUCAAGCGAGUUUGCCCAGUCUACAUCCACGGGGAUGAGGGAACCCACUUCAAGAAGUCGGGCAUCAUGAUCUUGCAGUGGCAGGGGGUCUUAGGUGCUGGAACUUCCCGGUCUGUCAACGCAAACACGACGGAUGCCCAAGCUGUGAACUCUUUAGGAAACACCUUGAGAACCCGACUGCUUGUUGGAGUGAUGCCGAGGGCAAUGUACUCCACCAACGGGGAUGUGCUGGAGGCUUUGUUUGAGUACCUAGUGGAGGACUUUCACAAGCUGUCGACCCGCGGGUCAGCGUACCCCCCCUUCAUGGAAACCAUUGACGAGGAGCCCCCAUGGGACCGCGAACCCUGCUUCACCCGAGUUCUACCCCGCGAUGUUGCGAGCCCAUCCAGCUAUUUCAAACCAGAUGUGUGGCAUACAGUGAAUCUGGGGGUGGGUCGAAGCUGGGUUGCAAGCUGCGUGGUGUGUUUGACGCGAAACCUGGAUGAGCUCAGCGGGCUGACCCCUGAACAUGCGCUGCAGCAAAUUUCGGCAUCCUACAUCAGCUUUUGCGAGAACUCAGCCCCGAGAAAGGUGAAGUACAUCAGCAGCAUCACACGCGCAACGCUUGGCUGGGAAAGCAAAAUUGGCGGAACCCCUGAUGGUAGGUGGAGCAAAGGAUCUCUCACUACAACCUUGGCUUCCUGGCUUGAGUACUUUUGCAGGGAAAAGAACUUGGAGGGGGGGACCGACGAACGCCUCUCGCUGGUUGCUUCGGGGACGCGCGCUUUGAAUGCCAUGAUGAAGGGCUUCUACGAUCAUGACUUAUGGCUGGAUACGCCUAGCAGAAAUGUGAUACUUUCGGCUGGCAACCACUACCUUCAGGCAAGCUCAAAGCUGGCGCUGCUAUCAUACAACUUGCAGGAAAAUUUGUUUCCAAUCACCCCGAAGCAUCAUAUGAUGUUUCACGUUCUGAAAAAUAUCCAAUGGCAGGGGGACGUAGCUGGGCUGGCAUUCAACCCAGUUAGCGAGUUUUGCGCCUUAGAUGAGGACUAUGUCGGGAGACUGGCCCUCAUUGCUCGGUCUUGCAGCCCACGCAAAACGUGUGUGAGGACCAUCGAGCGGUAUCUGCUUUUGUGUAGGGCAGCGUGGGUGAAUGACCUGCAGCUGUUCUGCAGAAAGCGUGGGCGGAACGGGGCGUAA